AAAAUCACUUCCUUUUAAUAUAGUCGAGCCAGACUAUAUAUUCCCACUCGCUCCUUCUUCUUCUUCUUCUCUCUCUUUCUCUCCCUCUUUCUCUCUUCUGUAGAUCUCUCUGUUCCCUCUGUCGUUUCGAGGGUCCGAGGGUUUCGUCCUUGCCUCAGAUCUCGCCUUGCCUUCACUUCCGCUUAUAGGCCUCCCUUCUCUUCCUUUUUCUCUCUAUCUCUCUUUUGCUGUCUUGUUAGAUCCGUGUGUGUUCUUGCUAUCGAGCCAUCAUGGCUGCCGCCAGCGCUCCGAUCACCAUGAAGGAAGCCAUAACGCUUCCGAGCAUUGGAAUUAAUCCGCAAUUCAUUACGUUCACGCACGUGACAAUGGAAUCAGAUAAAUAUAUUUGCGUCCGAGAAACAGCACCGCAGAACAGUGUUGUGAUUAUUGAUAUGAACAUGCCAAUGCAACCAUUGAGGAGGCCUAUAACUGCGGACUCGGCACUUAUGAAUCCUAAUUCUAGAAUAUUGGCCUUGAAAGCUCAAGUCCAGGGGUCAACUCAAGACCACCUACAAAUAUUCAACAUCGAGAUGAAGUCAAAGAUGAAAUCACAUUUGAUGCCCGAGCAGGUUGUCUUUUGGAAGUGGAUAACCCCUAAGACAUUGGGCUUGGUCACACAAACUUCAGUAUAUCAUUGGUCUAUUGAUGGUGAUUCUGAACCAGUGAAAGUGUUUGAGAGAACAGCCAAUCUGGCUAACAAUCAGAUUAUAAACUAUAGGUGUGAUCCUUCUGAAAAGUGGUUGGUUUUGAUUGGGAUUGCACCUGGUUCACCUGAGAGGCCACAACUUGUGAAGGGGAAUAUGCAACUCUUCUCUGUGGAUCAGCAGAGAAGUCAAGCUCUUGAAGCACAUGCUGCAGCAUUUGCUCAAUUUAAAGUUCCUGGAAAUGAGAACCCUUCGACGCUUAUAUCCUUUGCCACGAAGACACUUAACGCUGGACAAAUCACUUCCAAGUUACAUGUCAUUGAACUUGGUGCCCAGCCAGGAAAACCAUCAUUUACAAAGAAGCAAGCUGAUCUCUUUUUUCCACCUGAUUUUGCUGAUGACUUUCCUGUGGCAAUGCAGAUAUCACACAAAUAUAGUUUGAUCUAUGUGAUCACCAAGCUGGGGCUGUUAUUUGUAUAUGACUUAGAGACAGCUGCUGCUGUAUAUAGAAAUAGGAUCAGCCCAGAUCCUAUAUUUUUGACUGCAGAGGCUUCUUCAGUGGGAGGAUUUUAUGCUAUAAACAGGAGAGGUCAGGUGUUACUGGCUACUGUCAAUGAACAAACAAUCAUCUCCUUUGUCAGUGGCCAGUUGAACAAUUUAGAGCUUGCUGUCAAUCUUGCUAAAAGAGGAAAUCUUCCUGGUGCUGAAAAUCUGGUUGUCCAGCGUUUCCAAGAACUUUUUGCUCAAACAAAGUACAAAGAAGCUGCUGAAUUGGCUGCUGAGUCUCCUCAAGGAAUCCUCCGCACACCAGAUACUGUUGCAAAAUUUCAGAGUGUACCAGUGCAAACUGGUCAAACACCACCUCUACUGCAGUAUUUUGGAACUUUAUUAACGAGAGGAAAGCUGAAUGCAUUUGAGUCAUUGGAACUGUCUCGUUUAGUUGUUAACCAGAAUAAGAAGAACCUCUUGGAGAACUGGUUGGGUGAUGACAAGUUGGAAUGCAGUGAGGAACUAGGGGAUCUUGUGAAGACUGUGGACAAUGACCUGGCCUUGAAGAUCUAUAUAAAAGCCAGAGCAACACCUAAGGUAGUUGCUGCCUUUGCUGAGCGGAGGGAAUUUGACAAGAUCCUUAUAUAUUCAAAGCAGGUUGGGUACACGCCAGACUACUUAUUCCUGUUGCAAACAAUUCUCCGAACAGACCCCCAGGGAGCAGUUAACUUUGCAUUGAUGAUGUCACAAAUGGAAGGAGGUUGCCCUGUUGACUACAAUACAAUAACUGAUCUUUUUCUUCAGAGGAAUUUGAUUCGUGAGGCUACUGCUUUCCUGUUGGAUGUUUUGAAGCCAAAUCUGCCCGAGCAUGCUUUCCUCCAGACAAAGGUCCUAGAAAUCAAUCUGGUGACUUUUCCAAAUGUAGCUGAUGCCAUAUUGGCUAAUGGAAUGUUUAGUCAUUAUGAUAGACCUCGAAUUGCCCAACUUUGUGAGAAGGCUGGGCUUUACGUGCGAGCUUUGCAGGUAAGAUUACUUUUAGCAACUAUAUUUCUUUUCCAAUUCUAUAAUGCCUUUAGUCUUUAUGGACUUAUGCUAGGCUUAUUGCCUUUUUCUACCUAUUUGCAGCAUUAUACAGAGCUACCAGAUAUUAAACGAGUCAUUGUGAACACACAUGCUAUUGAACCACAGUCACUUGUAGAGUUUUUCGGUACUUUGUCUCGUGAGUGGGCUUUGGAGUGUAUGAAGGACCUUUUGCUUGUCAAUCUCAGAGGCAACCUUCAGAUUAUUGUGCAGGUUGCAAAGGAAUAUUGUGAACAGUUGGGGGUUGAUGCGUGCAUUAAACUUUUUGAACAAUUUAAGUCAUAUGAGGGCUUGUACUUUUUCCUGGGGUCAUAUUUGAGUUCGAGUGAGGAUCCUGACAUUCACUUCAAGUACAUUGAGUCUGCUGCUAAAACAGGACAGAUUAAGGAGGUUGAACGUGUAACAAGAGAAUCCAACUUCUAUGAUGCAGAGAAAACCAAGAACUUUUUAAUGGAAGCUAAGCUUCCAGAUGCACGUCCUUUAAUUAAUGUUUGUGACCGGUUUGGAUUUGUUCCAGAUCUCACACAUUACCUUUACACAAAUAACAUGCUCCGCUACAUUGAAGGCUAUGUUCAGAAGGUGAACCCUGGGAAUGCUCCUCUGGUUGUGGGCCAGCUGUUGGAUGAUGAGUGUCCUGAAGAUUUCAUUAAAGGUUUGAUUCUCUCAGUCCGUUCUUUGCUUCCUGUGGAGCCUCUGGUGGAUGAAUGUGAAAAGAGAAAUCGAUUGCGGUUGCUUACUCAAUUUUUGGAGCAUCUGGUGAGUGAGGGAAGUCAGGAUGUACAUGUACAUAAUGCUCUCGGUAAAAUUAUUAUCGAUAGCAACAAUAAUCCAGAACACUUUCUUACCACCAAUCCAUACUAUGAUUCUCGUGUUGUGGGUAAAUAUUGUGAAAAACGUGAUCCCACUUUAGCUGUUGUGGCCUAUCGACGUGGACAGUGUGAUGAUGAGCUUAUUAAUGUUACAAACAAAAACUCUUUGUUCAAAUUGCAAGCAAGAUACGUGGUUGAGAGGAUGGAUGGUGAUCUUUGGGAGAAGGUUCUUAACCCUGAAAAUGAAUAUAGAAGGCAGCUCAUUGAUCAAGUUGUAUCAACAGCCUUGCCAGAAAGCAAGAGUCCGGAGCAAGUUUCAGCCGCUGUUAAGGCUUUUAUGACAGCAGAUCUGCCUCAUGAGUUGAUUGAACUUCUUGAAAAGAUUGUCCUUCAAAACUCUGCAUUUAGUGGAAACUUUAAUCUUCAAAAUCUGCUUAUAUUGACGGCCAUCAAGGCAGAUCCAUCCAGAGUUAUGGACUACAUCAACAGACUAGAUAAUUUUGAUGGACCUGCAGUCGGUGAAGUGGCUGUGGAGGCACAGCUGUAUGAAGAGGCAUUUGCAAUUUUCAAGAAGUUCAACUUGAAUGUUCAAGCUGUCAAUGUCUUGUUGGAUAACAUUCAGAGUAUUGAAAGAGCUGUAGAGUUUGCAUUCCGGGUUGAAGAAGAUGCAGUUUGGAGCCAGGUGGCAAAGGCUCAACUGAGGGAAGGACUGGUGAGCGAUGCUAUUGAGUCCUUUAUCCGUGCAGAUGAUGCCACUCAAUUUCUGGAAGUCAUUCGUGCUGCUGAGGAUGCAAAUGUGUAUCAUGACUUAGUUAGAUACCUUUUGAUGGUUAGGGAGAAGGCCAAAGAGCCCAAGGUGGACAGCGAGCUGAUAUAUGCCUAUGCUAAAAUUGAUCGGUUGGCUGAGAUUGAAGAGUUUAUUCUCAUGCCAAAUGUGGCUAAUCUUCAAAAUGUUGGCGAUCGCCUGUAUGAUGAAGCCUUAUAUGAGGCUGCUAAAAUUAUAUUUGCCUUCAUAUCUAACUGGGCUAAGCUGGCUAUCACUCUUGUAAAACUGAAACAGUUCCAAGGAGCUGUUGAUGCAGCAAGAAAAGCAAACAGUGCAAAGACAUGGAAGGAAGUGUGCUUUGCUUGUGUUGACGCUGAAGAAUUCCGCUUAGCACAAAUAUGUGGUCUUAACAUUAUUAUCCAGGUGGAUGAUCUGGAGGAGGUCAGUGAAUAUUAUCAGAAUAGAGGAUGCUUCAAUGAAUUAAUCUCUCUAAUGGAGAGUGGACUGGGGCUUGAACGUGCUCAUAUGGGUAUCUUCACUGAGUUGGGAGUUUUAUAUGCUAGAUACCGCCAUGAGAAGCUUAUGGAGCAUAUCAAACUGUUCUCAACCCGGCUGAAUAUUCCCAAGCUUAUACGAGCUUGUGAUGAACAGCAGCAUUGGAAGGAACUUACCUAUUUGUAUAUCCAGUACGAUGAAUUUGAUAAUGCUGCAACAACCAUCAUGAAUCAUUCUCCUGAAGCAUGGGAUCACAUGCAAUUUAAAGAUGUUGCAGUCAAAGUUGCUAAUGUGGAAUUAUAUUACAAGGCCGUGCAUUUUUACUUGCAAGAGCAUCCUGAUCUUAUCAAUGAUCUUCUCAAUGUGCUUGCACUUCGUGUAGACCACACACGAGUUGUUGAUAUUAUGAGGAAGGCUGGUCACUUGCUGCUUGUGAAGCCAUACAUGAUUGCAGUUCAGAGCAACAACGUGUCUGCUGUGAAUGAGGCCUUGAAUGGAAUUUAUGUUGAAGAGGAAGACUAUGAUAGAUUGCGUGAAUCAAUUGAUUUGCACGAUAAUUUUGAUCAAAUAGGCCUUGCACAGAAGAUUGAGAAGCAUGAGUUACUUGAAAUGAGACGUGUUGCAGCCUACAUCUACAAAAAAGCUGGAAGAUGGAAGCAAUCCAUUGCCUUGUCAAAGAAAGACAAUCUCUACAAGGAUGCAAUGGAGACAGCAUCGCAAUCUGGUGACCGUGAACUUGCCGAGGAGUUGCUUGUUUACUUCAUUGAACAGGGAAAGAAGGAAUGCUUUGCCUCAUGCCUCUUUGUUUGUUAUGACUUAAUUCGGGCAGACGUUGCUCUUGAACUUGCCUGGAUCAACAACAUGAUCGACUUUGCUUUCCCAUACCUGUUGCAGUUUAUCCGAGAAUAUACAGGAAAGGUUGAUGAACUUGUGAAGGACAAGAUUGAGGCUCUCAAAGAGGUCAAGGCUAAAGAGCAGGAAGAGAAGGACGUUAUUGCUCAGCAGAACAUGUAUGCUCAGUUGCUGCCUCUUGCUUUGCCUGCACCGCCUAUGCCGGGUAUGGGAGGAGGACCAGGAAUGCCAGGCUUUGCACCUGCACCACCACCAAUGGGCGGAUUGGGGAUGCCUCCAAUGCCACCUUUUGGCAUGCCACCGAUGGGUAGCAGCUAUUAACGCAUAGAAAAACCUAGUAAAAAAAAACGGGAAUCGAUUAUAGAUUCUAGGGAGAGUUAAAACCUUGCAAAUUGGGGGGCUUUUCUUUACCUUAAUUUUAUGCCUUCUCCCCCACUUCUUCCUCGAUGGCUGAAAAAUUCUUGUAUUUUUGUCAUUCUGUUCCUGUGUUAUAGUGUUGUGGAUUUUACUCGUCUUUGUAAUAUUCUUUUGGUAGCGCAGGCAUUUUUUUUUCGGAUGCUGGUGCAGCAACCUGAAGGUUCUGUAUUUUAAGAUUUUUUUCUCCUCCACUGUAGCCUGGCCUUUCAUUAGGAAAUGCUGCUUAAACCAUGAUAAAACCCAGAUUCAUAGAAUCAUCGUCUUUUGUUUUUUUGGUUCCCUUCCCUUCCCCACUUUGGAUAAUGCUCAUUUCUUGUUUGGGUGAUC